AUGUGGAUGAAGUUCCUUGCUUCCCUCAUCCUUUUGGUGUGGCUUUCCACGGCCACACCAUCACUAGCCCAGUACGUCAUCGACACAAAUGGCGAACAAGUUGACAAUGAUGAAGAAUAUUACAUCAAACCAGCCAUAACAGACAACGGAGGGCGUUUCACCUUGAUCAACAGAAACGAGACGUGUCCUUUGUACGUUGGUCUUGAAAACACAGACUUGCCACUCGGUUAUCCAGUGAAAUUCACUCAUUUUGCGGUCAAUAUUCAAGAUGAGGAUAUUGGGGUGAACAGGGACUUGAAAGUGGAGUUCAAGGAAGUUUCAUCGACGUGUGUGCAAUCGACGGAGUGGAGGGUGGGUGAGAAUGAAACGAGGAGUGGAAGGAGACCCAUUAUCACUGGGCAAGAUGAUAGCGCAGGAUUGUAUGGUAACUAUUUCAGAAUUGUGGAAACAGAAAGUGCAGGAAUCUAUAACUUUCAGUGGUGUCCUACGGAACUUUGCUCCACCUGUGGAUUCGUCUGUAGCAGCGCUGGCAUUCUGCGGGAGAAUGGAAAGAUUUUGUUUGCCUUGGAUGCUGCUACUCCACUCCCAGUUGUGUUUCAGAAAAAAGAUGAUUGA